AAUACGAAAAGACGGAAUAUGUAGAUACAUGUACUUCAGAAAUUCGCCUACCUUAAUCUUUCCCGAUAACAAUUUUAAUUAUAGAAAUAAACACAUACUUAGAAUAAGCCAUAGAUUAGUUCAUCUACUUUAAAAUUUUAACUCAAUGAGCAGGAUAGCCUUGCAUACAGCUACUUGUACGUAAAAUACUUACGAAAUCAUGGGUAAUUCCGUCUUUCACAGAAUACUGUAGUUGUAGGCGGUCAUUGGUUUCAUACUAAGGCAUGCUGUUAGAAGGUAAUAUGCUGAUGAAUAUGAUACAAGGUAAAUGUUUGUAUAUUUAUUUGUGAAGAACGACAAAUAGCUGUCCAGCUUAACUUGAACAGAAGGGCUUUGAGAUGUUUCGGACGAAUCAUUAGGUUUAAGAUGUUCUUUCUAUUCAAUACGGAAAGGUGAAAAGGGCGAAAAUUAAACUUCAGCGAAAAUUUUCGGGUAUACAGUAUAUAUAUAUAUUGUAUUACACAAGCUCAUUCUCUUCACUGAAUUGAAUCUAAAUUUAGCCAGCAGGUAAAGAAAAUAACAUAUAUGCGUGACAUGUUAAACAAACUGAACACUUUAAAUAUCCCCUUUGAUAACCUCCAUUGCAUUAAACAAGACGCAAGUCACGAAACACGAAGGUAUUCAAGAUGUUAUAAAAUAGUAUGUAUUCAGAAUGAAGUCAACUAUCAACUAUCAGUUUCACAGAAAUAUCAUACCACAUAUUUUCCGACGUUUUCUGAACUUAUGUUACCUAGAAGCAGUCGUGCCGAACGUCAACACCCUAUAGACGUAUCCACCCAUCAACUCUCGCCUGCAAAUACAGUCACGUUACCUUCCUCGUCUGUUCAUAGAUUUUAUAUACGUGUAUGUGCGUACGACUUCUCACUGCCGACCCAUCAAGGGGGAGUUAUAAGAUGGCAGAGUUUGGGUACGUACUAGGGUACCUCUUGGUUGUUACUCUUACAGAACUCUCAGCACAAGAGGCUUUAAUAACGGGUUUUCAAUCUUCUGUCGUGAAUAGUGGUUCCCUGUACACGUAUCGAGGGACAGUCGACCAACUAUCAAAGCAGACGACCAUCGUACCUGUGAUAACGCAUUUCAAUACCGGAGUCACCAUUACCAGCCUGACCUCUGACCCCGAGAACGAUGUCCUGUUCUUUUACGAAUACUUUACCCAAACCAUAUAUCAGAUAUCAAAUUUUACUUCUUCAAACGUCCAUCAAACGUCACCGGUACACGCUGUUUCCAGUUCCUUAAAUACCAACAUAGCCUUUGAUUGGAUAACCCGAAAUCUGUACUGUACUGAUGGUAUUCUAGGAUGGAUAUUGGUGAUACACAUGGGAGCUACGAGGGAGGCAGAUAUGGUACGAAUCCUGCUGGAUACCAACAUGGAGUCACCAGGUGCCAUCACAGUGGACCCAAAAGAAGGUUACAUGUUCUGGUCGGACAUUUACAAAGGAUCUCCCCGUAUAGAACGAGCAUACCUGUCUGGAGAGCACCGCGAGGUGAUUGUAUCCACCAGUCUGCUCAUGAUCGGCGACGUAUCCGCCGACGUCCAGGAGAGACGCAUCUACUGGACAGACAGGAUGCGAAAUACUAUCGAAAGCUGUAUGUAUGACGGCCAGCAAAGGGAGAUAAUUCAUCGGCGGAACAAUUACGUCUUUUCCGACAUCAUGACUGACCUCGCACAUCUUUGUGUCACAGAAGAUUACCAGGAUAUGCUUUUGUGUAUGUACAAAAGUUCUGCCGAGUAUGUGCUGUUAGAAAGGUAUGAUAGACAACCAUACGCACUGGAGGUAUUCGAUAAAUCUCGGAAACCGUCGUCUACGGACAAGUGUGCCUCCAAGUCCUGUCAACACUUUUGUGCUCCCACUCCAGCAGGGGCUACUUGUCUCUGCAAGAAUGGUUACACUCUUCAAGGAGACGAAACAGCAUGUGUUGCUGACCACGACUUACCAGUGAAGGGAUUACUUUUGGGGAACAGUACACACAUGUGUGUGAUAGACUUUCUGAAUUUUGAGUCCUCGCCUUUUAAAGCGCCUAUCUGUUUAAUAGACAGUCUCCAGGAUACAACCUUUCUGUCCGUGGAUGUUACGUCCAUGGAUUGAUUUUUUGCUGAUAGGAAAACACGAAGUCUGAAUUCCAUCAAUAUACAAACAAGGAUAAGGAAACAGCUUGCUAAUACGGGA